GCCUCCGCGCUCGUGGCCCGGACCCGCGGGGCCGCCUCCUCCGGGCUCCCCGGCGCCGCUGGGCUCCCGGGCGGGCGGCAGGUGCGGCGCGGCCGGGCGGCCGGCGAGGGGGCGCCGCGGCAGCGGGUGAAUGAGAGUUGGCCCCGAUCUCCGCGCAGGGGACCCCGACCGUCAUGUUAAGGUAAAGCAGAGGGGCUCAGUGCUGAACAUGCUAAGGAGGCUGGACAAAAUCAGGUUCAGAGGUCACAAGAGAGAUGACUUCCUCGAUCUAGCAGAGUCUCCAAAUGCCUCGGACACCGAAUGCGGGGAUGAAGUGCCCCUGAAAAUACCUCGGACCUCGCCCCGGGACAGCGAGGAGCUGAGGGACCCUGCUGGACCAGGGACCCUCAUCAUGGCUGCAGGAGUCCAGGACUUUAACCGGACAGAGUUUGAUCGAUUAAAUGAGAUCAAAGGUCACCUGGAAAUCGCCUUAUUGGAAAAACACUUCUUACAGGAGGAGCUCCGGAAGCUGAGAGAAGAAACCAACUCAGAGAUGCUUCGGCAGGAACUGGACCGGGAGCGGCAGCGGCGGAUAGAGCUGGAGCAGAAGGUCCAGGAGGUGCUGAAGGCCAGGACCGAGGAGCAGACAGCUCAGCAGCCUCCGAAGGGGCAGGCCCAGGUCAAUAACGGAGCAGAUCGGCGCGGCCAGGGGCUGUGCCCCCGUGUCCAGAAGUGGUUCUACGAGAAGUUUGGGGAGUACGUGGAGGACUUCCGGUUCCAGCCCGAGGAGAGCACCGUGGAGACCGAGGAGCCCCUCAGCGCCCGGAGGUUGACGGAAAACAUGAGACGACUAAAGCGCGGCGCCAAGCCCGUCACCAGCUUCGUGAAGAACCUCUCUGCCUUAUCCGACUGGUACUCCGUCUACACGUCUGCCAUCGCCUUCACCGUGUACAUGAAUGCUGUGUGGCAUGGCUGGGCCAUUCCCAUGUUCCUAUUUCUAGCAAUUUUGAGGUUAUCCCUCAAUUACCUCAUAGCCAGGGGCUGGAGGAUACAGUGGAGCAUCGUGCCUGAAGUGUCUGAACCGGUGGAACCUCCAAAGGAAGACCUGACCGUGUCUGAGAAGUUCCAGCUCGUGCUGGAUGUCGCCCAGAAAGCCCAGAACCUCUUUGGCAAGAUGGCUGACAUCCUGGAGAAGAUCAAGAACCUGUUCAUGUGGGUCCAGCCUGAGAUCACGCAAAAGCUGUAUGUGGCACUGUGGGCCGCCUUCCUUGCCUCCUGCUUCUUCCCCUACCGCCUGGUGGGACUGGCCGUGGGACUCUACGCCGGGAUCAAAUUUUUCCUCAUCGACUUUAUCUUCAAACGCUGCCCGAGACUGCGAGCCAAAUACGACACCCCGUACAUCAUCUGGAGGAGCCUGCCCACGGACCCACAGCUCAAGGAGCGCUCCAGCGCCGCCGUGUCGCGCCGGUUACAGACGACCUCCUCGCGGAGCUACGUCUCCAGCGCACCCGCCGGCCUGAACAAGGACGAAGACACCGGUCGCUUUCACGGUACCAAGAAGGGCAAUUUCCACGAAAUCUUUAACCUGACAGAAAAUGAGCGACCACUGGCAGUGUGCGAGAACGGCUGGCGCUGCUGCCUCAUAAACCGGGACCGCAAGAUGCCCACAGACUACAUCCGCAACGGGGUUCUGUACGUGACGGAGAAUUACCUGUGCUUCGAAAGCUCCAAAUCCGGUUCUUCCAAGAGAAACAAAGUCAUCAAGCUGAUGGACAUCACAGACAUCCAGAAGUACAAGGUCCUCUCCGUCCUCCCGGGCUCAGGCAUGGGGAUCGCGGUGUCCACACCAUCAACCCAGAAACCGCUGGUGUUCGGUGCCAUGGUGCAUAGAGACGAGGCCUUCGAGACCAUUUUCAGCCAGUACAUGAAAAUCACGGCGGCGGCAGCAUCUGGCAGUGACAGCUAGUGUUGAUUCUCCCGGGACGAUGCUGGAAAGGGUUUUGUUUUGUUUUUCCUUUUUUUUUUUUUUGUUUUUUUUUUAACAAUUUGAUAGUGGAAAAAAAUUGGACGUCCUCCCGAUCUUUUGCAAUAAUUCCCCUCGAUCUGUGGUUUUUAUUGUGUUUGCCCUGCGCUCUGCGGACCCCUUCACGCAGGGGUGGGGCCCUCAGACGGAGCCCGCCCUUCUGACGGUGAGGCGUGCCCCACGAGCUCGGGGGCGCAGAGGGCAGGGGACCCUGGACGCCGGUGGAAAGGAUGAUGCACGGGAGCCGCCGGCCCCGGCCCCUGCCUAGGACCGCUGCUGUCUGCCCCCGACGGAGAGCCCGCAGCAGCCGCGCACCCAGCGCUCCAGGGGCCGCCGCCCUUCCACACCAAAGCCAUAGCUGAGGCGCACCUGCGGUCCCUCUUCCGGGGGUGACAGAUGCAGGGAGGAGCGGCCCGGAGGCCCCUCCGCAGCACCACGAACGGGACCCUGGGUCUCCUUGGUCCAGCGAGGCCUUCCGCAGCGUGUGGCCAGGGUGAGCCCGGGUGGGGGGCGCGGCUCUGCGUGGCCUGCGCCCUGUGCCCGCCUCCCGUGGGCGCCGACAGGCUGGCUGGGCCCGGGCCCCGCCCCCGCCCAGGCCACCUACCGCCUCGGCCUCCCGCGCCGCCGGGGCCUGGAGUUGGUGACCCGCGAGGAUUGGAUGGCACGGCGGGUAGAAGCACAUCUUUUUAACACUCUGCUCUUUGGAGAGCCCCAUGGGACACCUGCCAGGCUCUCAGGCCACACGGGGCUUUGGUGGCUCGCAGAUGAGGAUCAACCGCGGCUUGGCUGGCGCCGGCCUUGAGGCUACAGCCACCUGGAUGUAAUUUUUACCUUUGCUCCAAUCCGGAUGUGCUGGUUUGGGUGAGACCUGGUGGCAGCGCUCACGUCCCCCUUCCCAGGGACCCCAGAGCCACCCGCCAGGGCCCGGGUGGCGCUCCCGGGGGGCCGCCCAGCAGCCUGAUGAAGCACACACCCCGCCCGGCCGGUGAGGUCUGAGGGCACCGCGGCACCCACUGCUCGCUGCGACCCCCGGGGGACCCGAGUCAGGACCCACUGAGCCUCGGCUCGGGCUCCCCCAGGUGGCGCCGGCGGCCUGGCUCUCGUGGGCCAGGAGUGGCCCCAGGGACCGGCGGCAGGGUGGUGCCCGUGGGUGCCAGGGGUCAGCGUGUGCCCGCGGGGGGCCGCCCUUGCCAGCAGAGCGGGUGGUUUGGUUCGAGUCCCUUCUGAGGAGAAGGGGAGAUGAAAACUGACCACGUGGGGGCGGGGGGCCCGGGAAGCCGGCUCUGCCCGCGGGGGGGUGGCCUCCCCGCCUCCCUGCCUCCCGGCUGAGUGCCCGUAGUUUCUCUCAAAUUGUGUAAAUCUGGGCAGAUGUUUAAUUUCUAUGACUAAUCACUGAACUAGAAUGAAUGUUACAUUUUUUAUGUCCGAAGCUUGAGUCUAUUUUGAAUCUGUAAAUAAUCGUUCCUGGUGUCCCUUUUGUUCAACAAAAGGAUCGUACUGUAUGAAGAACCGAUGAAAACCCCCGUAACAUUUUUUUAAGAAAACUUUGUUUGUUUAAAGAAGUCUUGUAUAAAUUAUAAUUUUUAUUUAAAUAAA